AUGUUUUCCAGAUUUCCAUCACACAAAACAAAACUAAGCCCCGCACGGAUCGAGCGGUACAAGAAGAUAAUGGACUCUAUGACAGACACAGAGCUUGAUGGACUAAAUCCAGAGCACAUGAGUGAGGCGCGGAUGAAGGAGAUAGCCAGAGGAUCAAGACAGGAUGUGAAACAAGUUAUGGAAAUGCUGAAAGAGUACAAGAGACUAGAGAAAGUAUGGAUAAAGCUAGAGAGAUAUAUGAGCGAUUCAACGCAGAUGGACAUGUCUGCUCUGUUUUGGAAUGAGAUCGCGACUCCAUUCCACGUAGAGACGUUCACACAGCCGGAAUAUUUUCCUCUAAGGCUUCCUCCCCGGAAGCUUCAUCCUCGGAAGAGGCAGCUUCCUCCCAACAAGUCCGAGUUAGUGGUUUUGGUGAAGUGGGCUCUAAUUUUA